UCCUCACAAACUUGAAGAUUGUCGCAGGAGCAGACUCUCUCACUGCCUCUGCCUCUCCCCUUUUCUACAGGCUGUGUACGUUGCCUGUGCUGUCACAUGUUACAUACCCGCACCUGGUCUUGUCUCCCGAACGCGCGAUUAAGAGAAUCGAUAAAAUCAACAGGAACUAUUUGAAUCCCAUUUAUUAGGAUUGUUUUGACUUAGGAGGGUUAGCGUCAAAGUUAAGUAAUAACAUACAGUGAUACGUGAGAUGGAAGAUUGAUUCUUCAGUCAAUUCGUUGGACUUAACAUUUGUAACCUUGCCAGCACCAAACUAAGAAAACACCGGUGUAGAGUUCGGCGCUGGGUGCAUGUCUUAAAACAUGAGUAUCCUGGGACCUCAGACCAGGCAGGCCAAUGGAGUGGCCAGAUCGGACAGCAAGAUAAGUGCUAAGGCCCUUUACGAGCAGCGUAAGAAAUACUCCAACUCUAAUGUUAUCAUGCAGGAGACGUCCCAAUACCAUGUGGAGCAUCUCUCCACCUUCAUGAUGGACAAGGCGGAAUCCAUCGCCACAGUGGAUGACGCCAUCAAAAAGCUGGCCCUCCUGGACUCUAAAGACAAGAUCUGGACCCAGGAAAUGUUGCUACAGGUCAGCGACAAGGCUGUCCGCUUGCUGGACUGUGACACACAGGAAGAGUUGGAAAAUUUCCCUCUCCCGACCAUUCACCACAGUCAGACCGUGUUGUAUCAGACGCGCUAUCCCUCCGUGCUGCUGCUGUUAUGUCAGGACAGCGAGCAGCACAGGCCUGACAUCCACUUCUUCCACUGCGACGAGGUCGAGGCUGAGAUGGUUCAUGCGGACAUAGACAGUGCUCUGGGUGACAACAAGCACGGGAAGAAAAUGCGUCCACAGACAUUGAAGAUGAACCAGGAAAAAAUGAAACGGCAUCGAGAAACUAUCAUCCCUCCCUCGGUCCCCAAGGGCCCGCCCCCUGGGGGGAAGGGGCGAGCGGCUGCCAUGAACAUGCAGGAUGUGGAGAGGCGAGGCUCAGCACAGCAGGACGCCGAGUCACAUGACAAGCUGGCUCAGCGCAUUGAGAAGGACGUGCAAAUCCUCAACAGUGCCCUGGACGACAUCGAGAUCUUUGUGGCGCGGCUGCAGAAAGCCGCAGAGGCGUUCUCUCAGCUAAACCAGCGCAACAAGAGUAAGAAGAAUAAGAAGAAAGGACCAGCAGAGGGCAUGCUGACCCUGAGGGCUAAGCCCCCCUCUGAGGCCGAGUUCAUCGAUAGCCUACAGAAACUGAAGCUGGCCUUCAACCUGCUGGCCAAACUGAAGAAGCACAUCCAGAAUCCAAGUGCAUCUGAGCUGGUUCACUUUCUCUUUGGUCCCCUGGAGCUGGUGCUCCAGAGCUGCGGUAGUCCUGAGCUGCCUCGCUCCAUCAUCUCCCCUCACCUCUCCAAAGACACUGUGGAUUUCCUCAGGGGACACCUCUCCCCUAAAGAGAUGACCAUCUUUGAGCUGCUCGGAGAUGGCUGGACCAGACCCAGGGCGGACUGGCCCAGGGAACAGUGUGCCCCUCCUUACUACCCUAAGUUUCGAAAUGGCUGGGAGCCCCCAGCGGAGAUGUUCAGGACAUCGCCAUGGGAGACAGAGUGUUUAGGACCCCCCAUGUCCCCCACCGGUCCCAGCUACAGGAAACCCUCAGAGGAGUUCUAUGGGACUCAGUCGUCCAGCUCAUCCAAUGGGUCUUACAACGGUCUGGCCUCCUCUCGAAAAUACGCCAAGAUACGCUAUCACUUUGUGGCCCGCAACGCCAACGAGCUGUCGGUACUGCAGGACGAGGUUCUAGAGGUGAUCGAGGAUGACAAGCAGUGGUGGAAGCUGAGGAACCGCAGCGGUCAGGCAGGAUAUGUACCGUACAACAUGCUGGACGUGGUCAAGCUCGAGGAACCACACGCCAUGACGGAGCCUCUCUACAGCCAGCCUGGACAUCCCUCCAGUUCCCUGGGUCAUGGGGAGAGCUUUGACACGGCCCGCCAAAACCACCCAUCUUGGAAUAACCCCAUGGAUGAGGUCAAUGAUGAGCUUCUGAAGAUGAUCACCGCUGACAAGACUCAGCCUCCGGGCCGUAAGUUCCGUGUUGAGCGACCCUCUGGCAGCACUGUGCCACUAACCUUUGACUCCAAUCCCCAACAAGUCACCGUCUGGCUCAACUCCAAAGGGUUUUCCAAACCGACUGUGGAGUGUCUGGGCAUCCUAACAGGGGCUCAGCUCUUCUCUCUCAAUAAGGAGGAGCUGAAGGCUGUGUGUGCAGACGAGGGGCCUCGUGUUUACAGCCAGGUCACUGUGCAGAAAGCUCAGCUAGAGAAGACUGGUGGAGAAACAGAGCUGGAACAGAUCAUGAAACAGAGAAAAAAUAAGGUUGGGUCAUCCAGCAAGGAAUGAACGUCCUUGCUCUCACGUUCAACCAAUCACGGUCCUUCAUAGCUGUUCACCAUCCAACCAGAGCAGCCUAUCCAGAAACACCCCCUCCUCCUCGUAGUGCAGCAGCAACUUUAUGUCUGAAAAUCUAAAGAUAAUGUUGGCUUAUCCUCAAAGGUUGUAAUAUGCAUUUUUAAUUGUAUAUUUAUUUAUAUUUCAAAUCCAUAUGUAUUUUUAUUUCUUGGAUAAGACCGUCUGCUAAAUGACUAAAUGUAAUUUCUUGUUCAGUUGUUCUCUGAACUGUUGCUUUUGGUUAUUUUGUCUGACAAUGCAUUUGGAUAUGUGUACAAUAUGGGGGUGUGCACUAUAUGAAUGAGAAGUCUUUUAAUUGGAGAACUCAUUAGUGCAUUGUGUGUAUAUACUGUGUAUGUGUGCUUGCAUGCAGGGGUAUGAUCACUCAAUAAUGUCUUCAUCACAGUUGUUUACCUGAUAGCUUGUUUACUUACCCUGAACAGCCUAACAAUCUGAUUCUCUGUGCCAGACUCUAUGAAAUACUCUUUUAGAUAUGUAAUGAAUCCGUUUCAUAAUGCUACAGAAUGUGUACAGUCCCUCUAGAAGUGCAACCAUACCCUCGCACAUGAAUAAUGUUGUUUAUUGCAUCAACAUUUUUUUGUUUGUUUUUAUAAUCCGAUUAAAGCAUUUACAAAAUUAAAUGUUCUUUGUAAUUACAAAUAUGUCAUACACAUAUGUAUUAGUAAACCCUGAUAAACAUAUGCAUAUUUCAGUGUAAUCACACUAAUGUGACAACAGUGCUUUGCAUGUACUGUCUGUAGGCUAUACUAUAAAAGUUUUUGUAUAAUGCAAUUGUCCGUAAGAGCAUAUUACCAAUAUUACUGUAUUGUCCUUGUGAUAAAUGUUUGAAACUCAUUAAUUCUAAGACAAAACCAGAAAAUAAAUGAUUACUCCAGUAUUGGAAAAAUAUAAAUGUUAUAUCCAAUGUCUUUUUCAUUUAUAUGUAAAAUUAGUUUACAUAGUUGUGUAAAUACAGAUAAGGGAUCGAGUUUGAAUGGUCGUAAUAAAAAAUAAAUAUACUUGCAAAA